UUAUUUUACGACGUCUCAGUCUGUUUUGUAGUUCCACCUUCCUGUAUUUUGAAUGCUUAAAUAAGGAGCUGCUCCAGCUCAAAAUACAGAUGCUAAUCUACCAGUCUAAGAUGAAGCUGAUUCUGACUAUUUCCAUUACUUGGGCUCUUCUCCUCACAGUGGAAUCGUUGCUGUGUUUUGAAUGUAAUCCACCAUGCACAAAUGAAGUUUUAACCAUCUGCCGAUAUCAGUCAGACGCAGUAUGUCUGACACAUACCUUGUUAGUUGGUAAAAAAAUUAUAAAGGGAAAGUACUGCACACAAUCGGUGGAGUGCAGAACACGUUUGAACGUUCAGCUGGAUUAUUCACUUAACUUCGGUAUCGAUCCGAUGUCUGAAUCUGUGCUCUGCUGUGACUCAGACCGCUGCAACAAACAGACUCUACCUGCCCCCAGUCAAGAGCCAAACGGCCUACAGUGUGAUUCCUGCAGCAGCUACUCAGACACUGUGUGUAACACCCCGGCAAACUGUGUCGGACUGGAGGAUACAUGUGCUGUUGUCAACGGAUACACAGUCAACAGCCAUGGCCCUCCGGAGCUCCAACACAGCAUUUGCGUUGGGAAUUGUUCCGUAUCCGUAUCCCGAGUGCAACCAGCCCCUUUGUGAAUGUCUUUGUUUCAAGUGUCUAAUGAAAAUGUUUUAAUUUGAAAUGCUUCAUAAGCAUGAGACGAGAAUCCAACCACUGAUAAAUCAUCGAUUAAUCAAUUGAAAGAGCAUAUUGUUUAACCUCUUAAUUACAUUAGUAGUAAAUAUGUGUUUUUUAAAAACAUAUGGACAAACAUGUUGUAAAAUGAACUAUGUGACUGUAUAAUAUGAUUAAAACUGUC